CGUCACCAACCUUCUUGUAUCGGCUUGAACCUGAAUGAUCGCAUCGGAUACUUACUGUAAACUCGACACCUAUUCCAGCAAAUCCCUCAUAACCUAAUCUGGCGCACGACAGCGAACCAAGAGGAUAAUCACUGGCGCCUGCUUCGAGGAGGCUUAAGCUCACAAUUGCACAUCGACACUCAGUCUUUAGAGCAUCGGACGAUUCCCCGAUUCUACCCGAAUCACGCGGGGAACAUAAGCCCCAGCGCAGUGCGAUUCUAAUACCAGUCUUCCUCUUCUUUCUAUAGGCAGUUGUUCCAUCCACAAGAUUACAACAUGUGGUGGCCGUGGGGAGGCAGUUCGGAUAAGCAACCGGGGCCGUCAAACUCUGAAAAAGACAGCCCCAAACCAUUACCCAGCGAGUCCAAGAAGGAUGUGUCACAGGAAUUCGAUGCCAACAAGCUACCUGAACGACGAAAACUGCCGCCAAAGCUUCAAAAGAUUAUUGAAAAGUCAGACAAGGAGGAAAACUUAUUUGACGAGAUAGUCGAGGGAUACGCUCCCCCCUCGACGGAAUCCAACGUCCGCUACGCAGCCUACGCCUCUCGCUUCCGUACCAUACUCCUAUCCGCCCACCGCUAUGUCGCCUACACUUCGGAUAUCGGCGAGUCCUUCCGGCCCGUCGCGCAUCCCUGGCUGAUCCGGGGCGCCUACGGCGUAUCGUGGAUCUACAUCCUCGGCGACGUCAGCUACGAGGGGUACAAGUCGUACUGGCACAACCAGCGCAUCCUGAACCCGCAGCUCGAGCUCACGACCCGGCAGCAGCAGAUUCUGGGCGUCGACCUGACGGCACCCGCGGAACCCCCGCGAAAUCCCGCUGCCGCCGCCGGAAAGGUGCCGCCCCUGGAGGACUGGCGCACCGUCAUGCUGCAGCGCGGUAUCUUCCAGAGCAUUGCCAGCAUGGGCCUGCCGGCGUUUACGAUCCAUAGUGUGGUGCGCUACAGCGGACGGGCGUUGAAGGAUGUGAAGAACGCGAGGAUAAGGACCUGGGCACCCAUUGGGCUGGGACUCUCGAUUGUACCGUUCCUGCCCAGAAUCUUUGACAAGCCGGUUGAGAAUGCGGUUGAGUGGGCGUUCCAUAAGGGAUUCGAGGCGUUUGGCGGUCCUGAGGCGGUCGGGAAUGCGCCGCUGAUUGGGAGAGAGAAGCAAUUGAGCGAGAAACCCAAAUCUAAGAAAGACUAAGGGCAUGGCAGGCGAGUUAUUAUAGGUAUCAUAAAGGAGCUAGGCGCUAUCUCGUCUCAUAUUUAGAUCCGUUAGAAUUCCCUCCUAGAUGCUGUCGCUAGCCAAACCAUCUGAGUAAACAUAUCACUUGGCUUGAC